GCGAGCGCUCUCGUCAAAAAUACGUAAUAAACGUCGUAAGUAAGGCUAGUGCUAUUCCUGGCUAUUCUACUACAAUACACUACAAUACAAGAUAAGAUACAAGACCGGAGAUCUAUGGAGACUGAGGUGGCACUACGGAGCUAGUACAAAUUCAGCAUAAAAAAAAAAUAAAGGAACAUAGUAUUUCAAAGAAACCAUAUAGUAUUUAAGAAGUUUUUUAAAGCAAGAUGGAGAAUGUAUUGAAUAUUCUUAACCGAAAACUGUAUGAAGUUAAUCGACACCCAGAGUUUAAUGCCAAAUUCAAGAUGUUGAGUACCGAUGAACAACGAGUUAUAUUUACAUUUAAUCUCCUUGAAGAAUUCGGAAUUAAGCCAGAGUCGACAUGUGAAAAAAAAAAUGCGGCCACAUCUGUAAAUAUUAGAGUAAAAGGAAAUGAAUUAUUUACCGCAGAUCCUGCCAGCAGUUCACGGUACGUUACCGCAUGGAAAAUGUAUUCCGAAAGCAUAGCUCGUGCUCCUCCUCGGUCGAAGGAGCUCGCUCUGGCCUACGCGAACAGAUCUGCGGUUCUAUUUCGAUUUAAGAAAUAUAAGGAAUGUUUGGAAGACAUCGAUAGAGCUUUGAGUCUCGAUUACCCUGACGAUUUAAAGCCAAAGCUGUUGUUACGCAAGGGAACGUGUCUCAAGGCCCUUGGGAAGCCAGAGUAUGAGAAGACGUUUGAGGAAGCUCAUCAAUUGAUAAAGAAAAUGUCUGUAACGGAGAAUAUAAAGACUGUUCCUAAAAGUACAGUCCAGAUGAAGAGGCUCAAUAAAGUACGUGGGCAGGUAAAAGAAAAAGAACACCAUGUACCAAAGAUUCCUUCUUGUAAUCCUGAAGUUCCUUUUGCAUCCGAUGCCGUAGCAGUUAAGUAUGACGAUAUUUUUGGGAGACAUCUCGUCGCCACCCGAGACAUAAAACCUGGGGAAACGCUAGUCGUUGAAAAACCUUAUGCUUUGAUUUUGGCACCGGAACAUAUGUACACACAUUGUGCCAAAUGUUUAGAUGUUGCUUGGGACAGCAUACCAUGUGACCAUUGCGUAUAUGCGAUGUUUUGUUCCGAGAAAUGCAAGGAAGAAGCUUGGAAAGAGUUCCAUGAUAUCGAGUGUCCUGUAGUUGGUCUUUUGCUGAAUCUAGAGAUGAACAUACUUGGCUUGCUGAGUAUGAGGCUUGCUGUUGUUACCGUAAGGAGAAUGGAAAGUUUCGAGGCACUACGGAAAGAAUUUCAGAUCGUUGAUAAUUGGAAAGAUCCUCGAACAAGAGGCUACGCGGAUGAUGGAAAGUUUCACAGCGAAGACUAUCGUAGCGUAUACAGUUUAACGACUAACGCCGACAAGAGGUCUGUGCCGGAUCUCUUUGGGAGGGCAUUAAAUACAACGUAUAUUCUCUAUUUUUUGGCAACGGAGACUGAAAUGUUUGGAACGAAGCUGAAAGCAAAUCUUCCAUCCCUUGCGAAAAAUUCAGAUCUUACCUUUGUUGGUGGAAUGAUAUUGCGCCACCAGCAAAUGAUUCCUAGCAAUGUUCAUAUGUUCGUAGAGGAACGAGAUUUUGAUAAUGUUGAGCGCGGUGCGGCGCUCAUGCCAUUUUUCAGUCUUAUUAAUCAUAGCUGCGAUCACAAUAUCACUAGGCAGUCCUUAAAGGAGCAUAUGGUUCUUUAUGCUCUAUACCCGAUUGAGAAAGGUGAACAGUUGUUCGAUAACUAUGGACUUCUCUAUGCUGUUAUGGAAAAGGCUUCUAGACGGAAGAAACUCAAGGAACAGUUUUUCUUCGACUGUAAUUGUCUACCGUGUGAAGAGGAUUGGCCUACGUACUUUCACUUGCCAUCGUACUCGCACUGGAUCUCUUCUCCACAGGAACGAGCGAAAAUCGAGAAAGCCCUCAGAAAUUUUAACCGAUACAUGGAAUUGGCAACGGAAGGGGACAUUGAGACUGAACCGAACAUGUUAAAAAACAUGUUCAAGAUGAUCGAAUUCUUGUUCGAAAAUGUCCCUCUGCCUUUUGUAGAGAUUAACAAUAUCAUUGAAACAAUUAAACGAGUUGAAUCCCUACAUGGAAACACUUUUCUCAUGCCAAAAAUCUAAGUGUGCCACCCCGAGUAUUUCAUGCAUGUGUUUAAAAGUCUUACCAAAACUACUUUUAGAACGACUGAGCUGUAAGAGCUUUUUAAGCGCAUCAGUCGUACUGAAUGUUUUUAUGGGCACAGAACAGUAUUUUAUUAUUAACAUUACCUAUUUUUUUAUAGUUCAGCACCGGACUGCAAACUACUUAAUGAGGUUGAAUGACGGAUAUAAUCAUGUCUAAAAAUCAAAGAGACUACUGUUUUGUUUUUGUUGAUCUUAUAAUAUUUUAGAGAGCUUGUCAAUUACUAUUUUAUGCUUUAAGUUUUAACAGACUGUAGAUGUAAGUGCGACUUUCAUUUAUAUAUGUUUCUGCGUCGUUAUUUUCAUAUGUUAACUGUUGUAUUUGCUCAAGAUGUAAUUCGUCCGUUAACAGUUAAUAGGGUGGAUGCUUACAAGAGAAAAGAAUGAAUAAAUUUUAAAAGCCAUGUGUGCGAACACUGCAAACAAAUAAAAGGGAUGUGAUGUGUUUUUAAAA